AUGCACUCUCGUCUAUCUGCUCGAAGAAUAUCCGCCAACCAGCUGAUUCCAAAAGAGAAAUGCAAGCGGAAAUUAGGCCAAAUUAUUAGUGCAAGUAUUGUCUCUGAGUGGAUGGAUUAUUCUCAGCUUCCUUUUCGGAUUCUCUAUCACAAUUCAAUGGAAUCAAAAGAAGUUAAAGGCGCAGUGCAACAUCCUGAAUUCUCAAGCAAUUGUGAAAUGAACACUAGUGGCAAAUGCGCCUACAAUGUUUUAUUUUGUGGAACGCAAGCACAUGUUAUAGAGGUACUAAUGACGACUUAA